AUGCGAUGUGAACGAAAAGCAAAAAUGAACGAAGACGAGGCUGCGUGCACCAAUAAAUUAGGGAAAGAGCCGCCCAAGCCCGAGUUCGAUGGUCUCGUGAUCGGCGAGGAUUUGGCCAAGCGGCUGCAAACAGGUAAAAUCGACGAGGAGCGAAACACGAAUUACGAUAAUUACUGGGACACGAAAUUGUCUUGCAUGGACCACGCUCACACAGACCGCCUCAGUCUAACCAUUGACGAUGCCGAGACGUGUAUAAAAAAUAUCCAGAAGUAUCUGCGAAUGAAGGAGUCGAAGACUUCUCCCAUCAAUUUUAAUAAAGUGGCAAACUGCCUAGAGACGUAUAAAGGUCAAGCGCUGGCCUGCACCGACGAAGUCCAGGAUUUUAUAAGUACUGUUGAUAAAUUGCAGUUCCAAAUCGCACGGCUAAAUCCAGAAGAAAUAGUUAAACCGAAUAAGAAAAUGACUUAUGCAGAGAAAUUCAACCGUAAAUACUAA